AUGAUUUCUCCUGUCCUUGACGCGUCCUCUUCGACAGUUCCGAAGCUACCAGCCAGCAUGGACGUUGGAUACUAUGCGAUCAGUCUUCUCCGUCGACGGAAGCUAAAUGAAUGCGUCGCUUUUGCGUCUAACCAGCGUAUAACUGAUAGUGAUUGGGAUUCUGCCGCGUCUGGGGACAAAAAGCACUUGAAUGAGUUGCUUUGGUAUGCCCAAACCAAAGCUAUGGUUCUUCAGCAUUGGUUCGAUGACGCGAGCAUAGAAGACGAUGGUGUGAAUGAUGUGCUGUUGGAGGGUGAGCAAACGGUCGUGAGCAGCGCGCAACUACAUGAAGGCUCUAUGGAGCCUACUCGACAGCAAACCUCGCGGAAGAUCAAGAUGGGGGUUUGCGGAACCUCCAGAGAAGGGGGCCUUGGGACUACUGGAGGGGGGCAUCAGGUUGGCAGCCGCCACGGCUUUGCACGUACGGGGAGCCUAAACAACCGGCCGGGGACGUUACAAGGGGGAUGUGGGGGCACCGCCGCACGCCCAACCACCGGCCGCUUCACGCGAGUCAGCACAGCCUCCCUUCAGCUAUCCCCCGGAAGUGCGCAUAUCCAAACACAGUUUCUCAAUUUUGAGGACUUCGCACACCGGAAGCCGAUGUUGGCAAAAGUGCUAUGUGAUUAUUUGUUGUAUGUUGAACACCAACCAAAGUUUGCACUGGGGCUAUGCACGGCAAUGUUGAGGCCAUCACCUCCACCAGCUGCAAGUGUGAAGGGACCUUCUGGUCUUCCAUUGGGUAUGUCUUCUGUAAGUGGUGAUUCUUCCAUACUGACAAAAGAAAGGGUUAUUCCAAGAGCAAAUGAUUGGUGGUGGAAGGCGCGCCUGGGUAAAGCAAAUUACCAGCUCGGGUUACUCCGUGAAGCGGAGAAGUGCUUUAAGGACUCUCUCUGCGAGCCUUCUUCAGGAAGUGCUUUCACAGGCGGAACAGGGAGCUCUACUUUGUAUGGAAAAAAUUCAAUAACUCAUUUUGAAAAUUAUAAUACAAGUACAAUAAUGGAACUGGGGAAAGUGUAUAAAAAGAUGAACCAGCCCCUUUCCUCAUUAGAGCUGUUCACAAACGCACUUAUGGAAAACUGUAUUGACUAUGAGAUCCUACUUUGUUGUGCGAGGUUACGCAACGAACUACAUCAUGAAGAUGAGGCUUAUAACCUCUUUCAGCAAGUAUUGGGGAUUGACAGCAGCAAUGUCGAGGCCAUCGCUCAAAUUGCGGCCUACAUAUUUUACGAGAAAAAACAUCCAGAUAUGUCCCUCAACUUAUAUAACCGGUUACUGCAGAUGGGUGUGAAUACAGUUGAAGUUUGGAACAACAUUGGAGUUUCUAGCCUUUGCGCUACACAGCUUGACCACGCUUUCAAGUGCUUUGAGCGGGCCAUGCAGUGCUGCCCAAACGAUGCACAGCGCGCGGAUGUCUGGUACAAUAUUGGUCAUGUAUACAUUGGAAUUGGUGAUCUUAGGUUCGCAGAGCGCGCCUUCAGGCUCGCUGUGGCGACGGACAGCAGUCACGCGGAGGCUCUCAAUAACCUAGCGGUUCUUGCCUAUGAGGGAGAGUGGAGAAAGAACAAAGCAGGAUUUGCAACCAACCAGCAAGGCAAUCACUUAUUCGAGUCGGCAUUGAGAGCAGCACCAAGACUUGUUGAGGCCUUAUAUAAUUCAGCACUAAUUGCCUACAAUAUGGGUGAAAUGGAGCGGGCCUACAUGAUGGUUACAGGCGCACUCGAAGAAUUUCCUGAUCACUCUGAGAGUGUUGCACUACAUUCGAAGUUGCACAAUUUAUUUGUCACUUUGUGA